GUUCUGUGAUCUCUCUUCUCCUCAUUUUUGUUAUUCUAUCUUGUAACCUUUUCUUCAUUUCUUUCUUCCUUUGCUUCGCUUUUAUGGUGGUUUCUGCAGAGCAGUUAGGGUUUCAAUUUCGUGUAUUCGGUUUGCUUAUCAAUUUCUGCUGGUGAGGCAUUCAAAAUGAGGCAAUCAGGGCAUUAUGGCGAUUCUGGGGUCAAUGCAUAUGUUUCUGCCCAGAUGCAUCACAUGUCUGCACAGAGAAUGCGGCACAACUCUGCAAUGAACCAUUUUCCUGGACGUCCGGACGCUUUACCUUCUGAAGAAGAGCAUCAUUAUAUGUCUUCAAAAACUGAGGGUCAAUGGCAGUGGGAUAGAGAUGAACCAAAAACAUCAAAUUCAAUUUCAUCUCAUGUAUACAGUGAAGGUCAAGGAGGUGAUCCGUCUAGAUCUUAUUACCAGGGUGAGAGAUCAGAUCCUAAACUGGGUUUCGAGAAACAAUCCAACAAGGAUCCUAGAAGCCAAGACCAUGAGGAAGAUAUGGAAAUUGGGUACGAGGACACCACUUUGCCACAGACAUUUGAAGGUCUUGAGCAGAAAUUCCUAGAUGAGAUCAUGAAACUGACCAAGGAACAAAAUGAUGCUGAAGAUGCAGAAAAUGCUAGGCAUAGGGAGAAAAUGAAUGAGAUCAAUACUGAGUACCAGGAGAAGUUGACUGCACUUCGAGCCCGUCAUAGCACUCGCAGAGAUGAAUUUUUCCGCAGAGAAUCACAGGCACGACAGCAUCAGUAUCAACAAGCUGAAAUGAGCCCCUAUACCAACAGUAUGGGCCAAAGUGAACCAAAAAACUAUGGUGCUGCGGCAGCACCAGCUGCCGCUGGCGAAGCACAUCGAGCUUAUGCCUCUGGUCAGGCUGCUGAUGAAGCUCAUCGAGCAUAUGCAUCUGGUCAGUUUGAUUCAUACAGAGAGCGGGCUCAGUUUCUUGCAGCUGGCAGAAAUCAUGGAUUAGAGUCGAGGGGUCUAUACCCUGGAGGACGUGUUUAUAAUACUGGUGCUCGCUACUACUGAAAUGGUUGGAAGUGAAAUACCAAUUCACUCCCAUCCCUCCUCCAGUCCUCUUUAUUCAUGUUUCUCUUUCAGCUCUCAAUAUUACUUGGCUAUGGAAUAUGUGGUUCCUCCUCUCCUCCCCACAAUGUUACCGAUUAAGCAUCAAUAUAUGGCUCUACAAAGCUGCAACAAGUUACCAUCAUGACUGGUUCUGAUUUUAGCCUCUCUUGUCCAAGUAAUAGUUUUACUGUUUUCCUGUUGAAUUAGCCAUUGGCAUUGAGCAAUGUUUACUGUAAAAGUGUAGGAUUAUAGUUUUUGGUACUAAGGGCACUGUUUUGAUCCUGAAGAAUGUACAGACCAUGUUGGCUAUUAAUUUAAAGCUGAGGUAGUUUAAAUAAUUUAUGAGUUUAUGGUGGUUCU